AUGGGGCAGAGCAAACUGAUCGCGGGGAAGAUCAUCCCGGCCAUCGCCACCACCACGGCGGCCGUGGUGGGCCUGGCCUGCCUGGAGCUCUACAAGCUGGUUCAAGGUCAUCGCCGCUUGGCCUCCUACAAGAACGCCUUCCUCAACCUGGCCCUGCCCUUCGUCGGCUUCUCCGAACCCCUCGCCUGCCCUCGCAACAAGUACUACGAGGUGGAGUGGACGCUGUGGGACCGGUUCGAGGUGCAGGGGCUGCAGCCCGACGGGCAGGAGAUGACCCUGCGCCAGUUCCUCGCCUACUUCAAG